AUGAAGAAAAAGAAAAAAGAGCAAAUAGAUGUGAAAGUCAGGACUGUUUCUGAAAAGAAAGAUAAAGUCCCCCCAAUAAUCGGCUACUUCCCUUCCGGUUAUAACCCAAUAAAGAACCACAGUGAACUAGAAGCAACUGUCAAGGUUUGCAGGAAUGUGAAGAAGAGUAAUCGGUUGCAGAUGGUGGUGAGCACCUAUGGAUCCCAGGUGGAUUUUGUUGGGACGAAUUAUUCCGGUGAAGCCACGGCACUGCAGCUGUGCAAGCAGGCCCUUGGUGUACUGGUUAAAGAUACCCAGACAUUAAGAUACUUAGAUUGGAAACAAAAGUUGGAGUGGCAGACCAACCUGAAAGUGAACUCCUGGACGAAGAUAAGGAGGUAG